CCAUAUUUGAUAUAUUUGUGUCGGGCUCUGCAAUGCAGACAGACAGAGCUGUUGCUGUGUGUGAUCGCGGCACCGACAGUGACACCAAAGGCUGCACAGUCUGUCGGAUUUUGAGAAAACAGAGAGGAGGGGGCGACUGAAAAGAAACAAACAACUAACAAUGCAACUUACAUCCACUCACACACCCCUUCGUCUUGUAACAAUGUGUAGGUUUUUUAAGGAGGGAGGGGGGCGCGCGGAGGCAGAGACACGGAGAGAGAGAGAUAGAGAAAGGGAGGAGGGGGGUGCGUUCUGAAAUAAUAUAGUCAGCCAUUUUUAUGUAAGGGGAUUUUUUUUCUUAUUGGGGGGGUUGUUAAAAAAUAAAUAUAAGAGGGCGGCCAUCUUUGUUGCUCAGCCUUAGUGUAAAAUAUUCCAAAACGCCCCCCACUUUUUCUCCCCCUUCCUCGUGCCGAUUUGAAUAUUAAAUAAAUAUAAUUUUCGCGCCAGUUUUUAUCUAACUGUUAUUUUUUUUAAAUUUUGAGAUGUAUAUUUUUUAAGAGGACGCGUCCGAUGACGGGAGUAUAAUGUCCUCUCCUCUCCGCUCCUGCGAGGAAGAAGAGGGCAUGGUGGUGGUUAAUUCCGAGGGAGGAGAUUUUGAUGAAGAAGAGGACGACGACGGAGACCUAGACGAGAACGCAAGCGACAUAAACUCGCCGGCGGCGCUAAGGGAAACUGCAACACCGGCCGCGCCAGAAGAUGAAGUGGAGCUAUCAGAGAGAGAGGUCCCGUGCCGGAAGAAAGGCAGACCCAAGAAGAAAGACACAAAGAAGAAAGAGAAAGAGGGGAAGCCGGUCAAAGCAAAAAAACGGAAGAAGAUUUCCACUGUGCAGGACAGCGAUGUAGAGCGAAACUCGGACAGAGACUAUGGCGGGAACUCGGACAGUGCAGCCAGCGACUAUGGCUCUGGAGAGAAGAAGAAAAAGAAGAAACACAAAGAAAGGAAAGAGAAGAAAACCAAGAGGAAGAAAAAAGACAACAGAGACAGAGAUAGCAGUCAGGAGGAAACAGCAAAGCAGCCUGUGGAGCAGAAGACCUCUGCCCAGCUGGCGAAGGAGUGGGGACUGGAGGACGUUGAUCAUACCUUCACGGAGGAGGACUACAGGGAACUCACAAACUACAAAGCCUUCAGCCAGUUUAUGAGGCCGAUGAUAGCCAAGAAGAACCCUAAGAUCCCCAUGUCAAAGAUGAUGACCAUCCUAGGGGCCAAGUGGAGGGAGUUCAGCUCCAACAACCCCUUCAAAGGCAACGCUGCUGCUGUAGCAGCGGCUGCCGCCGCCGCCGCCAUCGCUGUUGCCGAGCAGGUCUCUGCAGCGACUGCCUCCCCCGAGCCGCCUCCUCAACCGCCGCCGAUCAGAAAGGCCAAGACGAAAGAGGGCAAAGGUCCAGGAUACAAGAAACGCAGUAAAAGUCCUCGAGUAGCAGACAAGAAAAAAGCUGUGGCCAAGGCCAAGAAGAUGGCGCCCAUUCGUAUUAAACUAUUAGCCAUUGGAGCCAAAAGGAAGAAGAGUUGCUCUAGCGACGACAUGGAUGAGGAGGAGUCUGAGCAGGAGGACUCCAGCGUUCACAGCUCCUCCGUUCGCUCGGACAGCUCUGGACGGGCGAAGAAGAACAAGAGAGGACGGCCCGCCAAGAAGAAGAAAAAGAUUCCAGGUGAGGAGGAAGGCGAUGGCUAUGAGACGGAUCACCAGGACUACUGCGAGGUGUGUCAGCAGGGCGGUGAGAUCAUCCUGUGUGACACGUGUCCUAGAGCGUAUCACCUUGUUUGCCUGGAGCCUGAACUGGACAAGGCUCCAGAGGGGAAGUGGAGCUGCCCUCACUGUGAAAAAGAGGGAAUCCAGUGGGAAGCAAAAGACGAAGACUUUGAGGAUUUUGAAGAAGACAGUGAGGACAGAGUGAUAUCAGAGGUCAGCGUGGGGGUCCCCACUGGUGUAGAGGAGGAAGAAGAUGACCACAUGGAGUUCUGUCGGGUGUGCAAAGAUGGCGGAGAGCUGCUGUGCUGCGACACAUGCACGUCCUCCUAUCACAUUCACUGUCUGAACCCGCCGCUGCCAGAGAUCCCCAACGGAGAGUGGCUGUGUCCGCGCUGCAUGUGUCCGACAAUCAAAGGACGGGUGCAAAAGAUUCUUCACUGGCGAUGGGGUGAGCCGCCGCCUCCCAUUCCUGUGCCGCCUCCGCCCGAUGCUCCUCCUGAUGCCCCUCCACCGCCACCCAUGAAGGGCAGGGCUGAGAGGGAGUUCUUCGUGAAACUGGCGAACCAGUCGUACUGGCACUGCACCUGGAUCACCGAGCUACAGCUGGAGAUCUUCCACUCAGUGAUGUACAGGAACUACCAGAGGAAGACUGACAUGGACGAGCCGCCCAGCCUGGAUUACGGCUCCGGCGAGGACGAGAAUGGAGUGGGAAAGAGUGAGAAGAGGAGGGCCAAAGACCCCCAGUACGCCUUGCUGGAGGACAAAUACUACAAGUAUGGCAUCAAGCCUGAAUGGAUGAUCAUCCAACGCAUCAUAAACCAUAGCGUGGACAAGAAGGGGAUGUACCACUACCUGGUGAAGUGGAAAGACCUGACCUAUGACCAGUGUACCUGGGAGGGAGACAACAUGGACAUCCCCGACUUUGAAAUCCACAAAGCCGGCUACUGGAGACACAGGGACACCAUCUUGAAAGACGACAUGGACAAACCCAGGAAGAUGAUGAUCAAAGAUGGAGAGGGUGAAGAAGGGUCUCCAGCCUCACCGCUCACUGAUCCUACGAUAAAAUACGACGAGCAGCCCGACUUUGUCACAGCAACGGGUGGCACGCUGCAUCUGUACCAGCUGGAGGGUCUGAACUGGCUCCGGUUCUCCUGGGCUCAGGGUACUGACACCAUCCUGGCAGAUGAAAUGGGUCUGGGCAAAACCAUCCAGACCAUCGUCUUUCUGUAUUCGCUUUUCAAGGAGGGUCACACCAAGGGUCCGUUCCUGGUCAGCGCACCCCUCUCCACCAUCAUAAACUGGGAGAGGGAGUUUGAGAUGUGGGCGCCGGACUUCUACGUGGUGACGUACACAGGGGACAAAGAUAGCCGAGCCAUCAUCAGAGAGAACGAGUUCACCUUCGACGACCCCAUCAAAACGGGGAAAAAGGCCUUCAGACUGAGACGAGAAGCUACGAUUAAAUUCCACGUGCUGCUGACCUCCUACGAGCUGGUGACCAUCGAUCAGACGGCGCUCAAGUCCAUCGACUGGGCCUGUCUGGUGGUAGACGAGGCUCACCGCCUGAAGAACAACCAGUCCAAGUUUUUCAGGCGUCUGAAUGACUACAAGAUCGACUACAAGCUGCUGCUGACGGGAACUCCUCUGCAGAACAACCUCGAGGAGCUGUUCCACCUUCUCAACUUUCUCACACCCAAUCGCUUCAAUAACCUGGAGGGUUUCCUGGAAGAGUUUGCUGACAUCUCCAAAGAGGACCAGAUCAAAAAGCUCCACGACCUGCUGGGUCCCCACAUGCUGCGGAGGCUCAAAGCCGACGUCUUUAAGAACAUGCCUGCCAAGACGGAGCUGAUUGUUCGAGUGGAGCUGAGCCCCAUGCAGAAGAAGUACUAUAAGCUGAUUUUGACCAAGAACUUUGAGGCUCUGAACUCUAAAGGUGGAGGAAACCAGGUGUCUCUGCUCAACAUCAUGAUGGACCUGAAGAAGUGCUGCAACCACCCGUAUCUGUUCCCCGUCGCCUCAAUGGAAGCCCAGAAAAGCCCCAGUGGUGCGUACGAAGGGUCGGCCCUCACAAAAGCCUCUGGGAAACUGAUGCUGCUGCAGAAGAUGCUGAGGAAGCUGAAGGAGCAGGGGCACCGAGUGCUCGUCUUCUCACAGAUGACUAAAAUGUUGGACUUACUGGAGGAUUUUCUGGACCAUGAGGGCUACAAGUAUGAGAGAAUCGACGGAGGCAUCACAGGAGCACUGAGACAAGAAGCCAUCGACAGAUUCAACGCUCCUGGAGCUUGUCAGUUCUGCUUCCUGCUCUCCACCAGAGCUGGAGGUCUGGGCAUCAACCUGGCCACGGCGGACACCGUCAUCAUCUUCGACUCUGACUGGAACCCCCACAACGACAUACAGGCGUUCAGUAGAGCUCAUCGGAUCGGGCAGGCCAACAAGGUGAUGAUCUACCGCUUUGUGACGCGAGCCAGCGUGGAGGAGCGCAUCACCCAGGUAGCGAAGAGGAAGAUGAUGCUGACCCACCUGGUGGUGCGGCCCGGUUUGGGAUCCAAGGCGGGCUCCAUGACAAAACAGGAGCUGGACGAUAUCCUCAAGUUUGGGACGGAGGAGCUCUUUAAGGACGAGGGAGAAGGUAUGAAGAAUAAUUCUGGGGAUAAAGUGGAGGACGAAGGCAACGUGAUUCAUUACGACAGCACCGCCAUCGAGAGGCUCCUGGACCGGAGCCAGGACGACACCGACGACUCGGACGUCCAGAACAUGAACGAGUACCUCAGCUCCUUUAAGGUGGCCCAGUACAUGGUCCGAGAGGAGGACAAGAUUGAGGAGAUCGAGCGGGAGAUCAUCAAACAGGAGGAGAAUGUGGAUCCGGAUUACUGGGAGAAACUAUUGAGGCAUCACUACGAGCAGCAGCAGGAGGACCUGGCCAGCAAGCUGGGUAAAGGCAAGAGGAACCGCAAACCCGUCAACUAUAAUGACGCCGCACAGGAAGACCAAGAGUGGCACGCUGACAUUUCAGACAACCAGUCUGAGUACUCCGUUGGGUCUGAAGAGGAGGAUGAAGACUUCGACGAUCGGCCAGAGGGUCGAAGGCAGUCCCGCCGUCAGCUGAGGAACGAGAAGGAUAAACCCCUGCCUCCUCUCCUGGCCAGAGUGGGAGGAAACCUGGAGGUGCUGGGCUUCAACACGCGGCAGCGCAAGGCUUUCCUGAAUGCGGUGAUGCGAUGGGGCAUGCCAUCUCAGGACGCCUUCUCCUCUCAGUGGCUGGUCCGAGACCUCAGGGGAAAAUCGGAGAAAGAGUUUAAAGCAUACGUGUCUCUCUUCAUGCGUCACCUUUGUGAACCGGUCGCCGACGGGGCCGAGACGUUUGCCGAUGGCGUCCCGAGGGAGGGCUUGUGUCGCCAGCUGGUCCUGACUCGUAUUGGUGUCAUGUCGCUGGUCAAGAAGAAGAUCCAGGAGUUUGAGCACAUCAACGGGAGGUGGAGCAUCCCGGAGCUCAAACCUGAGAUCAGCGUGGAUAAAUCCUACUCCUCGCGGGCGUCCUCCCCUGCCGCUAAGACCGCCACUCCCACCCCGGACGCCAGCUUCAACAACACGCCGUGCACGUCCACGCCAGCUACUCCUGCUCCAUCAGAGAAGCUGGAAAAGAAUGGGAAGGAGGAGGAAAAGGAGGAAGCUGAUGCUGCUGUGGAUAAGGAGAAGGUGAAGGAGGUGGAGGGGAGCAAGCAUGGGGGUGCUGAGGAGUUCUCCUCCUCAGCAAAAGGAGCAUCACAAAAGUCGUCACCUGGUCAGAAGCCUGAGGGCAAAGAAGAGAGUGAUGCUAAAGAGGACGACAGGAAGGAGGACCCAGCUGAAGAUGUGCCGACUGCCUCGGUGGAGGAAAGAAAAGUACACGAGGUCAAAGAGGAGAAAUCAGAAGGAGAUAAAACCGGCGAGGAGAAGGAAAAACGAGAACAAGAGGAAACGAGAACAGAAGCGUCAGAAGCCAAAGAUAAAACCGAGGCGACCGUUGGGAAAAAAGAGGAGGUCAAAGGUGAAAGGGAUGUUGGGAAAGAAAUCAAGGCAGCUAAGGAGGAGGCGCCUAAGGGGAACGGGAGGCCUCCGACUGAGCGGCCACGCUUCAUGUUCAACAUCGCAGAUGGAGGAUUCACAGAGCUGCACACUCUCUGGCAGAACGAGGAGCGGGCCGCCAUCUCCUCAGGGAAGAUGAACGAGAUCUGGCAUCGCCGACACGACUUCUGGCUGCUGGCGGGAAUCGUGGUACAUGGCUACGCCCGAUGGCAGGACAUCCAGAACGAUCUGCAAUUCGCCAUCGUCAACGAGCCUUUCAAGUCCCAGGCGAACAAAGGCAACUUCUUAGAGAUGAAGAAUAAGUUUCUGGCUCGACGCUUCAAGUUGUUGGAGCAGGCGUUGGUCAUAGAGGAGCAGCUGCGGCGGGCGGCGUACCUGAACAUGACCCAGGACCCGAGCCACCCAGCCAUGGCGCUCAACGCCCGCUUUGCCGAGGUGGAGUGUUUGGCGGAGUCACACCAGCACCUCAGCAAGGAGUCGCUGGCAGGAAACAAGCCAGCCAACGCUGUCCUGCACAAAGUGUUGAACCAGUUGGAGGAGCUGCUGAGCGACAUGAAAGCUGACGUGACGCGGCUACCGGCCACGCUGUCCAGAGUCCCGCCCAUUGCCGCUCGCCUGCAGAUGUCCGAGAGGAGCAUUCUCAGCCGGCUCGCCAGCAAGGGCACUGAGAUGCACACUCCCCCGCCCAUCCCUCCAGGACCAUACGCCACCCCUCAAAACUAUGGAGCUCCCUUCACCCCCGCACCCCCAAGCACCCUCCACAUGGGAGGAGCCAACUACAGUCAGAUGCCGCCCGGAUCCUUCAUAUCAGAAGCCGCUGCUGGGGCCACCGGGGGAGCUGCAGGUGGAGCCGCCGGGGGCCAGUUCACCGCUGGGGUUUUCCAGAAGACCAAGGAGCAUGAUGUGGUGCAGCGGCAGCGGGUGGUGGACCUCUGGAAAGACGGCAAGUCAGAGGGGGCCAUUGGGCUGGAGCUGAGAAUGCCCAAGUCCACGGUGCACAGCAUCAUUGUAAAGUACCGGCUCAGCAACACGGUGGAGAAUCUGCCGCGCAAUGGGAGACCAAAGAAACCCUGAAAGAAAUCGGGAAUGUAGCAAAACUGUAAAAAAGAAGGAAUUGGAUCGACAAACGAGGCACUUAGACACUCCUGGAAUGAGAAGAGCAUAAAAGGAGGACAGCUUGAUGUGAGAGGGCAUGAAAUGCCAAUCAGUUAAAAGAUCCAAAGAAAAAAACUGGAAAAGGUGCUGCCGAAAAGAGGCUCUGAGAAAGAAAACGAUACGUUAAUACAUUCACGGGUUUUUAUAACAAAUGCAGCAAAGGAGCACUUUUCUCUCCACAGAUUUCUAAGACUUCUUUUGUUUUUUUUC